AUGUCCGCCCCGACCCACGCCUCUCGGCCGAAUGCCAGCAAGGAGCCCCAGGAUGCCCGGACGACGCAAAACUUCCGCCGGUACUUGGAGUCCAGCGGGGCCAUGAAUGCCCUGGCCGCGGCGCUGGUGUCGCUGCAUGACUCGGAACGCCCGGCGAAUGCCAUCCCGCUUCUCCUCGACUCGAUCGGCUCGCAGGAGGGCGACUCUCCGGCCGCCAGCCCGCGGCACCGCGCCCCUUGCUCGGGCUGUGAAGCCCAUGAGCGCGAGGCUGCCCAGCUCCGCGAGCGCCUGGCCGAGCUCGAGGCCCGGCUGGCUCGGCUUGAAUCGCCUCCCCCGCCGCUUGUGGCCCCGGGGGCCACGCUACUUCGGUCCAGCAGCGACCUCGGCGCUGGCGCCGGCAUUGUCGCUCCGCCAACCGGCAGCGUGGGCUACAUCGCCUCCCCGGAUCGCUUCCAGUGA